UUUUUUUUUUUUUUUUUUCUUUUCUUUUUUUCUUUUGCUGUCACCGAGAGCGAUGUUGUUUUCAAUCAGUCUACUUACAAUUGCUUCAAUGCAGGGAGCUGCUGCCGCUGCCGUCGCAUCGCCGCAGUCGCAGCCUCCCACGAUCCCCAUCUCUUACAGCUACGGCGGUUAUCCUCGUGUACAAGCCGACAUCAGAUGGGGCACGCCAGGACAGUCUCCCGUUCCAACGAUUUUUGAUACGGGAUCGCCCAGUUUCUGGGUUUUUGGUCCCAAUUCCAUCAUCAACGAUGGCACAAACGCGCAUUACACGCCAGGCCCCUGCAACAAGACUGUAAAAACAUUUUACAAUUGGCCCAAGUCAUCUUCCCACUCCAAAGGAGGUGCUGUCAAACCGAAAGGUGGCAUUCUGGCUUAUGCUUAUGGCGGUAACGGAAAGCUCAUAUCAGCACCCGCUACCAUCAAUGACACCUUGGCCUUUUCUAAUCCAAAGUUCUCCGCAUUGACCAAUAAUCAAGUGGCAUUGGCGAAUUACGCACAAAUCGCACAACUUGAUGAUAAGUGUGAGAUCCCAGAAAGCGACUUCGAUCACAGCAUUCUUGGUUUGGCGCCGCUUCCUAAGGAUUUCUCUGGCCCCUCUUUUCGAGACAACUUGCGCCAUACUGGGAAAACAAAGUCCUCCUCUUUCACCAUGUGGUUUGAUCAGCAGCCAAAAUCCAUCAAGUCCCCAUACUCUGGCGCCGCUGUCUUCGGUGCCGUCCCUGCCAACAAGAAGUAUUCCGGCGAGCUGGUACGCAUCAAGCAGGAUUACCCAACUCCCCCAUACAUCGGAUAUUACUCCGCACUUCCGGAGCUGACUACGACAUCUAUCCGUAAGCCAGGGAAGCCUGUCAAGAUUGGCUUGGCUGACCCUUCGGUGAAACGAUGUCUCCUUGACUCCGGAACCGGCGAGGACAGGCUCCCUUUCAGUGAAAAGGACAUCAUGAAGGCGACAGGACUUAUCCGACUGGAGAUUCCGUUCGUAUUGGCUUGGAACGGUACUUGCGAGUCCAUUCCGCGUACUGCGACUCUGAACUUUACCUUUACUGGAGUCACUCCCGGUAAGAAAGUCACAGUCGCUGUUCCUAUUCGCAGUUACGCCCGUGGAGAAUAUGACGGUCUGCCGGACUACGACGAUUCAAAGUAUUGUGCCUUGAGCGUUUCUGGAGAUGAGUAUGGGGACUGUACUCUCGGAGCUCCCUUUUUCACAGCUGCUUAUGCUGUAUUUCAUGAUGAUACUAAGCAGGUUGCACUUGCUCAAGGAGGUGUUUCCACUGGAACUUCCGACGGUAUCGCCAAGAUUGGCCAGCUCACCCCUAUCCUCCCUGGGUCAAAUAUUCCAAACUCUGUUUAGGUCGUGCAAAAUAGUGUUAUUACAGAUAGGGAAGGAAAUUCAAUCAAACGAUGGGCCCUUUUAUUGCUUUUUUUUUUCAAAAGUCGUAUUGGGAGGAACUAGUAAUACAACUGAUCUAAAUAAAUCGAAAAAAUUGCUUUAGGGUCAGAGUCACCUUGUUCAUUUUCACACAGCGAACAAGUUUAAUCAUGAAAUUGUUUUUCUUUAUUCCGGUCACCUUUUUGCUGCGAGUGUUCCGUGAAGAACUAAAGUGAAUUGAAAGCUCACG